GCGGUGGGUGCGCGGGGGGCUGUGCGCGCACGGGCCGCGCUGUGUUGUUUGUUUACCCUCGCCGCCGUGCCUCGCGCCUCGCCGCCCCGCUCUGCCCCGCCUGUUUGCCGUGCGCUACAACUGCCAAGUGGAUCUCCAGGUCGGGGGCACAACAUCUUCUUCUCCGGUCCGGGCGGCGGCGACGACCUCGAGGCGAAGCGCGAGGCGCACCGAAUAUACCACCUGACCUGACUCUCGCUCCCCCCCGUACCGGCCAUGAGCGCCCGCCGAGCACAAGACCCCCGAGCGCGGCCCCGCGCCAGGCCCAGGAAGACCUUCGACGACCUACCGGACAAGGUGCUGCUCCGGGUGCUCCGCGAGCUGCCCCAGCCGGACCUGCUGCAGGUGUCGCGGGUGUCCUCGAGGCUCCACGACCUCUCGCGGGACGGCGCGCUGUGGCGCGACCUGGGCACGCUGGGGCCCGACCUGCCCACCGAGGACGCGUGCUCGCUGCUCAGGAACGCGCCCAACCUCACGGCCCUCCGCCUGCACGGCAGGCACGACGCCGACGCCAUCCUCCUUGAGGCGUCCAGGUUUUGCCGCGGGCUGGAGUUGCUGGAAUUGACGCAGUGCCGCGGCAGCCAGAGCUUCCGCCAGCUGGCGUACCUGCCCCUGGUCAAGGUGGCGCAGAACUGCCGUAGCCUGCGCCGCGUGUACUUUUGGGAGACGGACUUCAUGUGCAGCAGAGUGUUCAAGGUGUGGGCCGACCUGCGCGGCCCUGACGACCCCGUCCUCGAGAUCGGCGUCAACAGCCUGACGCGGCGGCAGGCCAACUACAUGACGAGCGUGCUGGGCGGGCCGGCCGAGCUGCACAUGCACGCCCUGCAGGCCACGCCCUUCGUGCUGCACGUGCACGGCCACGCGCUCAGCCUGGCCGAGGACCUGAACAGCGAGGAGGCGCUGCUGGCCGCGCCGUCCACGUCGGCGGCCGUCCCUGCCGGCGGCGCGCCCAGCUCGGCCAGGGUGCGGGCCGCGCCGUCGUCCUCGUCCACGGGUGGCGAGGGCACCCCGAAGCGGGCGCGCCUGGACGAGGACCCCGUCGCCGUCACGACCGUCUACAUGCGGCAGCCGCCGUCGCCCCAGAGCAGCGCGUCGACGAGCACGGGCGAGCAGGGCGCCCUACGGUCGCACGCGCGCCGGCUGUACGCCUUCGACCACGUCAACGUCGGCGGCGACGACUCUUCGGGCGACAGCGACACGGACAACAUGGACGUGGUGGUGGCGUCGCCGCCGAUGAGCGUCGAGCCCCCGGAUCACGCGGACGAAGAGGCCGACGACGAUGCCGAAAACAUCGUGAUCGCCCCCAGCCGGUCGAGGCCCGCCGGCAGGCUGGAGUACAAGUCGGUGUUCGGCAUGGGCUGCACCAGCGAGCCCCUCGUGAACUCGUGGUUUCGCUCGGGCUACAUGCCGGACUGCGACGACCAGGACCACAGAGAACCGGAGCAGAGCCAGUCAGGCCUCGGGGCGUUGAGGACGGCGCUGCUCCCGCUGCCGAGGGGCGACAACGACGGCAGCGAGGACGAUUCUGAGGACGAGCGGACGGUGACGGUGACGCUCGAGGUGGCGGCUGUCGCGGGGGAGGCCGACGCGAUGCUGGGCGAGCGGCUGCUACCCCCGGCGGCGGCGCGGCUCGCCGACAGCCUCAAGGAGCCCGCCGACCCGCAGCCGGGCGGCGACCUCCAGCCCGACCCGGUGGCCAAGAGGGCGCCGCCGGUGGUGACCCCGCCACACGGACAGCACAGCCCGAUCGACGGCGACCACGCCCAUGACGACGCCCCGAAGCGGGCCGACCCCAAUGACGCCCAGUGACGCGCACCAGCAGUGUGCACCCCGACGAGAUGUUGUUGCUAUCGACAUUAAAAGCACUUACCACCCAG